AUGGACGGAUCUACUCUCAUUGCUGAGAAAGGAAGACGCAUAGUUAUGCUAGGUCAGAGUAUAAUUCAUGCCGCAAACAACAGUCAGGUGAAAACACCAAAACACAUCGGUUUGGCAGUCACCAUAAAUAAUUUAACUGGGUCUAAGGUUAUCGUGACUUUGUAAAACAGAAUGAGGCACUGCUCAAAAUAGAGCAGUCAUUCCAUCAAACAUCACCCCUGGCCCAUUGGUACAAUUUGUUGCUGGCAAUAAUGACUUCAACGAGGAAACUCUAGAUGGCAAACAAACCCCACACGCCACAAUGCUAGUGGUGUAUCAGCAUCAGCCGUUUGGACCUAAACUCCCACCGAAUAUCCAUAGCGACCACACCUCUAGAAGAAGAUCUUAGAGAAGUCAGUUCACGGUCAACCCAUGCACAUGUGCAGUGUGCAUGGUAAGGGUCCUGCCUUGGCCUCAUUCAUAGGAGGGGCAGAAGAGAACUUUGACUUAAGAAAAGAUCCCACAACAACUCAGAAUGUGAGAGAACUGGCAAGGUUUCUGCUCAGGCUCAAUAGGAAAAAUGUAUUGAAGGCUGAUGAUACCUGUGGAGAGCAAUCAGUAUCUGGAUGGAGUGCAUUCAAUGCUGAAAUGCAUGUAUCUUCCAUCACGUCGUCUUGUACUGUCAUUGGGUACAGCCUGAUGAUUUCUGAAUUGCCUACAGGUUACAGCAUCAUCUAUACAGUACUUAAAAUCAUGCAAGAAAUAUCCAAACAUAUCCAGUGGAGCACUGCAGUAAUCUGGCAAUUUACUCCAAGGAAGAAGAAAUCCACUGCCAUUAUCCAGAAGAGUUCCAAAACCUGGUGAUUUGGUUAGGGGGGUUUUACAUUACACUCAAUUAUUUGGCCUUGAUUGGAAAGAUGUUGCAGGAGAGUGGCUUAGAAGAUGUGUCUAUAGAGUCUGGCCGCUACGGAACAAGCUCUACUAUGGCACUAUUGCAGGGAAAAUCGUACAACGGGAAUUAGAGGACACAAAUUGAUUAUAGAGAAGCUACUGCAUUUGAAAUGGGAUGCAUUUUGAUCCUGGGUUAGUAAAGGAGGAGGUGGAGGAGUCGAAAGUGAAGGAGUUUCAAUUCUAAAUCUCGUUUACUCUGUCAUAGUGCACUACAGAACAGCAACAACAUCUGA